UUGAGUGUCAUGGCAAAGGCUGUGAAUACUUAUGUACAUGUGCUUUUUUGUUUUUUAUUUUUAAUAAAUUUGCAAAGACUUCAAACAAACUUCUUUCACGUUGUCAUUAUGGGGUAUUGUUUGCAGAAUUUUGAGGAAAUUAAUGAAUUUAAUCCAUUUUGGAAUAAGGCUGUAACAUAACAAAAUGUGGAAAAAGUGAAGCGCUGUGAAUACUUUCCGGAUUGGUGUUCACCAAGGCACAGGGUUCGAAGCGUACAUAUUCAACGCGUCGGAGCACUCAAACCAGAUUUCUGAAGCUCUCAAAGUCUGGCUUACACCUGGGAUUUUACUCCGAGACCAUUUUCUGCACUGGGACAACUUCAAUCAACUCCAGAACCGAGACAUCUCUAUCAGCAUCAUCCCUGCACCGAGACAUCUCUACCAUCAUCCCUGCACCACUUGUGCCUUCUCAGCGAUGAUCUUCAGGAGGGACGAAGCGCCGCAGCUCCAGGAGGACGAUCCUGAGACCGGAAUGAGUGGACUGCCGGACAGCAAUGGAACAUGGAGGGAGGAAACUGUGGUGGAUGUGCACCGGGGGAGGAGGAGAUGGAGGGAGCAGGUGAGUGAUGAAGAGGACAACAUUGAAGAGGCCCCUCCCCGUAGAAGACAGCGAGCGGAGUAUGAGGAUGCCGUUGAUGAGCUGAUCGACUUCAUUAGUUUGGAGAGGAGCUCGUCCCGUUCCUGGCACUUAUCCACUACAGUGGAGUUCAUUCCAUCUGCAGAUGCUCCCUCCAGCAGUGAGCAUUUCUGGUGGAGGAUGAUGAUGAGGGAGCAGAUGAAUGAUGAAGAGGACAACGAUGAAGAGGCCCCUCCUCUUCAUGUGGAGCAGGAAGGUGACAACGGCUUAACCCCUUUGUGGAGCUUAUUCCCAGCUUUGGAGUGCAUUCACAACAUGCAACAGCACUCUAGUAGUGAACACUUCAGGGGGAGGAGGAGACAGAGGGAGCAGAUGACUGAAGAGGACAAUGUUGAAGAGGCCCCUCCCAAGAAGGCGGUGUGUGGAGCAACAGGAUGAUGACCAUGAGGUGUCUGAGCUCACAUAUUUGAAGAAGAGCUCAUACACCUUGUCCCUUACAUUGGACUUCAUUCCCACUGUAGAUGGGAAUGUCUUUAUCAGCAUGGCCAUAGUAAUUCUGGACCCAGCUGGAAUUGUUUCUAUUCCCAUCCAAUUCUAGUUAUUAUUAUAUUUUUAUUAUUAACUACUAGCUAUUAAGCUACCAUGAGGUAAACUGUAGUAUUAGGAUCUUUAAAAAAUCUUUGGAAAAUAUUUCAGUUCUAGGCUCCAGCAUUAGUCUUUUUUUAUUUUUAUUUUUUAAAUGUGUGGAAAGUAUUUCAUAUGUAGGUUCUAGCAUUAGCCAUUUUUUAAACUGAGGUGAGUAUUUUAUCCUUUCUAAUCAUGAGGUAUGGUAAGUAUUAAUUGAUACCUUAUGUUCUGUUGUCUUAGGGUUGGCCAGCCCACUUUUUUCCAUUGCUCCAUGGUCCAGUUCUGAUGCUCACAUGCCCAUUGAAGGCAUUUUCGGCAGUGGACAGGGGUCAGCGUGGGCACUCUGACCAGUCUGCGGGUGUGUAGUUCUUCUGUGGGUUCGGACCAGACGACCUAGCCUUUGCUCCCCACAAACAUCGGUGAGCUUUGGGUGCCCAUUGCCCUGUCGCCGGUUCACUGGUCGUCUUUCCAUGGACCACUUUUGGUCCACUGCAUACCGAGAGCCCCUCACAAGACCUGCCAUUUUGGAGAUACUCUGACCCAGUCGUCUACCCAUCACAAUUUGGUCCUUGUCUUAGUCGCUCAGAUCCUUACGCUUGCCCAUUUGUCCUGUUUCCAACACAGCAACUUGCUGUCUAAUAUAUCCCACCUCUUGACAGGUGCCAUUGUAAUGAGUUCAGUAUUAUUCACUUCCUGUCAGUCAGUCUACUGUAUAUGCUUGUAUUCACCUGAUUUUAAAUCCUAAUGGUAAAAUAUCAAAUCUGUAAUGUCAUAAAAGCUACAAAAAUAUCAGUUGCUACAUAGGCUAAAGACUGACAUCAAAUCUGUGUUAAAUGUAUAGGCUUUGUACAGAUUUCUGUUGUGUAUUUAGGAUAUAUGCAUUACUAUAAUGUAUAGUUAUCAAAUUUAUAUAUACACUGAAUGUGUAGGCUAGACAUGUUAGUGCUAAAGUGUGUGAUGUCCAUUUUUGUUAUUUUUUAUUAAACACGAUAAACUAUUUAUUAAUUAA